CAAGCAGAGGCGCGGAGCUUUAGAAAGUUGAGUGGUCAGGAAGGUAGGUGCUUCCCUUUUUCCCCUCGAGUCGAGGUGGGGCUGGGACCACUGGACCCAGCUUCUUCCCUCGCGAGGAGCACCUUUGUCGGCUCUAGCGGCCGAUGCGCUUCGGAGCUGCUCUCUGCAGAGCCAGAGGGUGGGUCGGAUUCGCCGAGUGUGCGUGAGGAUGGAUCGUAGAUCCCGACUUCAGCCAGGGCGCCGAGCUCGCCACAAUUACAACGAUCUGUGCCCACCCAUAGGCCGCCGGGCAGCCACCGCGCUCCUCUGGCUCUCCUGCUCCAUCGCGCUCCUCCGCGCCCUUGCCACCUCCAGCACCCGCGCCCAGCAGCGCGCGGCUGCCCAGCGCCGGAGCUUCCUAAACGCCCACCACCGCUCUCCCGCCCAGGUAUUUCCCGAGCCCCCUGAAUCUGACCACGAGGACAUAGACCUCGAGCCCUCCCUCCCCGAGUGCCCAGAGUACCAGGAAGAAGAGUUCGACUACGAAUCCGAGACCGAGUCCGAGUCUGAAAUCGAGUCCGAGACCGAAUUCGAGACCGAGUCUGACACCGCCCCCACCACUGAGCCGGAGACCGAGCCCGAGGACGAGCGGGGCCCCGUGGUGCCCAGGCGCCCCACCUUCCACCAAUCUCUCACCGAGCGCCUCAGCGCCCUGAGGCUGCGGAGCCCCGACGCCUCCCCGGCUCGUGCGCCGCCCAGCACUCAGGAGUCUGAGAGCCCCCGACAAGGGGAGGAGCCCAAGGACAAGGAUCCGAGGGACCCCGAAGAGUCUGAGGAGCCAAAGGAGGAGGAGAAGCAGCAGCAGCGCCGCUGCAAGCCGAAGAAGCCCACCCGCCGCAACCCAUCCCCCGAGUCCCCUUCCAAAAGGGGGCCCAUCCCCAUCCGGCGUCACUAAUGGAAGACGCGCCCCGGAUUCUCCUUGUGUUCUUUGAC